UCGUGCACUGGAUUCGGCCAUUAUAGCGUGAACUGGGGCUUUUUGUAACUACCUGAGUACCACAUUGGCAAUUCUAUUUUGAUACAUGACCGCUGUACAAAAUAGGACAAAGUAAGUUGCAGACACAACGGAGAGAGAACAAUGUGGAAAGCAGUAGUGUCUGUGCUCCUGCUGCUAAACAUGGAUAUGCAGGUGAAUGGCGCUCGAGGUGAGACAGGGGCUUCUGUGGCAGAAGAACCCAGGCCGGAGAAGAAGCUGAAGGCAGCAGAGGCCAACACAAUCCCUGCAAGUGACACUGCUUCAGCAGGUUUCAUGGGCAACUUGUUGGUGGUUCCCAUGGAUGGCAGUCACUGGGUGGGUAUAAAGGCAAUUGCGGAAGAAAUGGGUCGCCGUGGACACAAGGUUACCGUGGUGAUUCCAGAGAUCAGCGUACGGAUGGGUCCAGGGAAACACUACGAUACUGUGACCUUUCCUGUUCCUUAUGACAAAGCUCAUAUGGAUUUUGUCAUGGCUGUACACAAGGACGUGUUGAGAAAAUCUGCACAGUCUUUCAUCGAGAGUAUAAGGGUGAAAUAUUCUCAAAUAAUGAGAAUUACAGGUUUCAUCCACACCACGGCAGAGAGCCUACUGUUCAAUGACACUCUGAUUUCACAUCUGGCACAGCAGAACUUUGAUGCAGUCCUCACAGACCCCAUGAUCCCCACAGGCUUGUUAAUAGCUCGGAAAUUAGGUCUCCCAACUAUAAACUUACUGCGGGGAAUCCCGUGUUCCUUGGACAUGAAGUCUGCAGGCUGCCCCUCCCCGCCUUCAUUUGUGCCCCGAUUCCUCACCAAAUACACGGAUGUAAUGAACUUCAAGGAGAGAACUGUCAACACUUUGGUGGCUUUACUGGAGCCGCUGCUAUGUCGACUGAUGUACUGGUACUUUGAUCAAAUAGCCUAUCAGUUCCUGGGGGAAGAGGUUGGUGUAGCUGAAGUGCUGUCAGACUCUGAUAUCUGGCUUCUGAGGAUGGACUUCACUCUGGAGUUCCCACGGCCAAUCAUGCCUAACGUGGUACUAGUUGGUGGAAUCAAUUGCAACGUGAGGAAUCCUCUGCCUGAGGAUUUGGAGUACUGGCUGUCAGGGGAACAUGGGUUUGUAGUGUUCACUCUGGGCACCAUGGUGUCAGAUCUGCCAGAGGAGAUAACCUCUGUCUUCCUAGAAGCCUUCAGCCAGAUUCCACAGAAGGUAAUAUGGAGGUACACAGGGGAGGUUCCAGACAGUGUCCCAGAGAAUGUGAAGUUUAUGACCUGGGUGCCUCAGAAUGACCUGUUAGCACAUUCUGGAGCUCGGGCCUUCAUCACUCACGCUGGCUCGCACGGCCUCUUUGAGGGACUGUGUCAUGCUGUUCCCAUGCUGAUGUUGCCGCUCGGGGGGGACCAGCCUGACAACGCGGCGAGGUUGGCAAGUAGAGACGCUGGAGUGGUGCUGGAUAUCACUACGAUCUCUACAGAAAGCCUUCUUCAGGGACUCAAUGCGGUCAUCAACGACACAAGGUAUAAAGAGAACAUGAAGAAGCUGUCGGCUCUCCAUAAAGACCGGCCAGUUGACCCACUUGACCUUUCAGUGUACUGGACAGAGUAUGUGAUGCGGCACAAAGGGGCCAAACAUCUCCGAUCGGCUGGACUCAACCUCAACUUGCUUCAGUACUUCAGCCUGGAUGUGAUAGCACUACUGGCUACUGUAGUGCUGGUUGUUGUAGUACUGUUAGUAAAAUGCUUGAAACUAUUCAUCAGGAAAGUGGGCAGGAAGAUGAAGCAGGAAUGACCCGGUGCUACAUUUUAGCAUCCCAUGGUUGUCGGGCAAACUUAAGUUGGUUGUGAUUUAAAGAUGCGACAGGGCGUACAAAGAAUAAGGGAAACAAUUGGGUG